AUGGGAAAUGUGGAAAAUGGCAAAACAUUGUUCAUGCGAAUGUGCGCGAUGUGUCAUACAACCGUCAAGGACGGAAAGCACAGAAUAGGGCCAAAUCUGUUCGGAAUUUUUGGCAAGAAGUGCGGAACUACUCCUGGAUUUUCUUACACCGAUUCGAUGGCAACGAAGGAUAUCAUAUGGGACGAAAAUAAUUUGGAUCAGUAUCUACAGUUCCCGAAACAAUUCAUCCCUGGUACGAAGAUGGUGUUCAACGGUAUGAAAAAGGCAAGUGAUCGCAAAGAUAUGAUCGCAUAUUUAGCAACGUUGAAAUGA